GCUGCCGCUCCUCCUCCUGCUGCUGCUGCUGCUCCGCGCCGCGCUCGGCGCUGCCGGCCGUCUGAGCGCCCGCCCCGCCAACGAAGUUAAUCUGCUGGAUUCAAAAACAAUUCAAGGGGAGCUGGGCUGGAUCUCCUACCCGUCACAUGGGUGGGAAGAGAUUAGUGGUGUUGACGAGCACUACACCCCGAUCAGAACUUACCAAGUGUGCAAUGUCAUGGAUCACAGCCAGAACAACUGGCUGCGGACAAACUGGAUCCCGCGCAACUCGGCUCAGAAGAUCUACGUGGAGCUCAAGUUCACCCUGAGGGACUGCAACAGCAUCCCCCUGGUGCUGGGCACCUGCAAAGAGACCUUCAACCUGUACUACAUGGAGUCUGAUGACGACCACUCGGUCAAGUUCAAGGAGAGCCAGUUCCUGAAGAUCGACACCAUCGCGGCUGACGAGAGCUUCACCCAGAUGGACCUGGGUGACAGGAUCCUCAAACUGAACACGGAGAUCCGUGAGGUGGGGCCCAUCAGCAGGAAGGGCUUCUACCUGGCCUUCCAGGACGUGGGCGCGUGCGUCGCCCUGGUGUCGGUGCGCGUGUACUUCAAGAAGUGCCCGUUCACCGUCAAGAACCUGGCCAUGUUCCCCGACACGGUGCCCAUGGACUCCCAGUCGCUGGUGGAGGUGCGGGGCUCCUGCGUCAACCACUCCAAGGAGGAGGAGCCCCCCAAGAUGUACUGCAGCACCGAGGGGGAGUGGCUGGUGCCCAUCGGGAAGUGCUUGUGCAACGCUGGCUACGAAGAGAGAGGCUUUGCUUGCCAAGCCUGUCGAGCUGGGUUCUACAAAGCCUCUGCUGGCAAUGUGAAGUGUGCCAAAUGCCCCCCUCACAGCUCCACCUACGAAGAUGCAUCUCUGAACUGCAGGUGUGAAAAGAAUUACUUUCGCUCUGAGAAAGACCCUCCAUCCAUGGCUUGCACCAGACCCCCCUCUGCCCCGAGGAACGUGAUCUCCAACAUCAACGAGACCUCCGUCAUCCUGGACUGGAGCUGGCCUCUGGACACGGGGGGCAGGAAGGACGUCACCUUCAACAUCGUCUGCAAGAAGUGCAGCGGGGGCAGCAGGGCGUGCGAGCCCUGCAGCGACAACGUGCGCUUCCUGCCGCGGCAGAGCGGGCUCACCAACACCACGGUGACCGUGGUGGACCUGCUGGCGCACACCAACUACACCUUCGAGAUCGACGCCCUCAACGGCGUCUCGGAGCUCAGCACGCUGACCAGGCAGUUCGCUGCUGUCAGCAUCACCACCAACCAGGCUGCUCCAUCCCCCAUCACGGUCAUAAGGAAGGACAGGACGUCCAGGAACAGCGUGUCCCUCUCCUGGCAGGAGCCCGAGCAUCCCAACGGGAUCAUCUUGGACUACGAGGUCAAAUACUAUGAAAAGCAGGAACAAGAGACAAGCUAUACUAUCCUGAGAGCCAGAGGCACCAACGUGACCAUCAGUGGCCUCAAGCCUGACACCACCUACGUGUUCCAAAUCCGAGCCCGGACCGCAGCUGGAUACGGCACCAGCAGCCGCAAGUUCGAGUUUGAGACCAGCCCAGACUCGUUCUCCAUCUCCAGUGAGAACAGCCAGGUGGUGAUGAUUGCCAUUUCAGCAGCAGUGGCCAUCAUUCUGCUCACAGUGGUGGUGUAUGUCUUGAUUGGGAGAUUCUGUGGAUACAAGAAGUCUAAACAUGGCACUGAUGAGAAAAGGCUGCAUUUUGGGAAUGGCCAUUUAAAGCUCCCAGGACUGAGAACUUAUGUAGAUCCACACACAUAUGAGGAUCCCAACCAAGCUGUGCAUGAGUUUGCCAAGGAGCUGGAUGCUUCCAAUAUAUCCAUUGAUAAAGUAGUUGGAGCAGGAGAAUUUGGAGAAGUGUGCAGUGGGCGCCUGAAGCUGCCUUCUAAAAAGGAAAUUUCAGUGGCCAUCAAAACCCUGAAAGUUGGCUACACAGAAAAGCAGAGGAGGGAUUUCCUGGGAGAAGCCAGCAUCAUGGGCCAGUUCGACCACCCCAACAUCAUCCGACUGGAGGGAGUUGUCACUAAAAGUAAACCAGUUAUGAUUGUUACUGAAUAUAUGGAAAAUGGUUCCUUGGACAGCUUCCUACGAAAGCAUGAUGCCCAGUUCACAGUGAUCCAGCUGGUUGGGAUGCUACGGGGGAUCGCCUCUGGCAUGAAGUACCUGUCGGACAUGGGCUACGUGCACCGGGACCUGGCUGCUCGGAACAUCCUCAUCAACAGCAACCUGGUGUGCAAAGUCUCUGAUUUUGGGCUCUCUCGUGUGCUGGAGGAUGACCCAGAAGCUGCUUACACCACAAGGGGGGGCAAGAUUCCCAUCCGAUGGACGUCUCCAGAAGCCAUUGCCUAUCGGAAAUUCACAUCAGCCAGUGACGCCUGGAGCUACGGGAUUGUCCUCUGGGAGGUGAUGUCCUAUGGGGAGAGACCCUACUGGGAGAUGUCCAACCAGGAUGUGAUUAAGGCUGUGGAUGAAGGGUACCGCUUGCCACCUCCCAUGGACUGCCCAGCUGCCUUGUAUCAGCUGAUGCUGGACUGCUGGCAGAAGGACAGAAACAACAGACCCAAGUUUGAGCAGAUUGUCAGCAUCCUGGAUAAGCUGAUCCGUAAUCCCAGCAGUCUGAAAAUAAUCACCAACGCCGCGGCAAGGCCAUCCAAUCUCCUCCUGGACCAAAGCAACAUUGACAUUUCAGCCUUCCGCUCCACGGGUGAUUGGCUCAAUGGGUUUCGGACAGGGCAGUGCAAGGACAUUUUCACAGGGGUGGAGUACAGUUCCUGUGACACCAUAGCCAAGAUUUCCACAGAUGACAUGAAGAAAGUUGGUGUCACAGUGGUGGGCCCUCAAAAGAAGAUUGUCAGCAGUAUCAAAGCUCUUGAAACUCAUACAAAGAACAGCCCUGUUCCUGUGUAAGGUACCAAAAUGAUGUUGCUCAGGAGAGGAAAAAAAAGAAAGGAGAAAAGUUGCAUCACAGGUCAAAAGUGAUGGCUGAUAAACAGCAGAAUUUAAAGGAGUUCUUUGCAACAGCUUUGGAAACGCAAUGGUUGAGAUUUCAAACCCACAUGACACUCAAAUACUGAGUAUAAAUGCCUUAAAAAUAGGAGCAAACUUGUUUUCUAUCUGUUAAUCCUAAAGGGUGGGUGCUCUUGACUGACUGUUAAUGCAGAUAGUAAAUAUCAAAAGAAAAAAAUAUCUGAAAAAUCCUUCCAAGUAAAAACCAGUGUUACUAAAACCUAGAGCCAUUUGAAUAUUGACUGAAUAACAGAAAAAAAAAAACAUGGACAAAAAAAGCUGUGUAUUUGAUCUAUACAGCAAACAAGAAGAAAGAAAGACUUGCGGUAUUUUUCUACAGAAGAGAUCUGUAACAGGUAUUUUAUUUCUUUAAAAGCAAGGAAAAUAGAGGACUAUACCUCACAACCUGUCUGGCCAUAUUUACUAUAAUGUCAUUGUAACAUGCUAUUUCAACUUCAGGAAGGAACACAGAAAUAAAGUUUGUAGUGACUUUGAGUUAGUUGACAAAAGGUUUUUACCAUUAUGUUAGCUUCCCUAACUGUGUUCAUUUAAAUAGAAACAAGUCUUAAUUUUUAAAAGGCUUAUUUAUUUUCUUGGUUUUUUUUUUUGUUUGUUUUUUUUUUUUGGUUUUGUUUUUGGUUUGGUUUGGUUUUUUUGGGGGGGGUUCUAUUAUUGUUUAUAUUUAUGCUUAAAUACCUUAACCUGGCUGUAUUAUUGCCAAGUGCCAAAUGUUAUCCAAACUUCAUUGGUUCAGCCUGAGAAAUUGUCUGAGGGUUAGUAACUAGAUGAUUUUACACUCAUAGCAUCAUGCAUGAAAUACAGAAGGAAAGAAAGGUGGUCUUUUUUCCAGAACUGACAAUAUGAAAAGCAUCUGGACUUUUUUUUUUUAAUGAGAUUUCUUCCAUUUGCUGUGAGUGGUAUUUUCAGCCAGGCUGGGGUUUUGACAACGAUGUGUGCAUUGAUCUUUAGAUCAGUACCUGCCCCAAACAGCAGCUCCCAUUUCCUUCCCCAAGGCUUUCCUGUCACAAUAAGGAGCUCUAUUCUUGGGUGGUGAGAGGUGAGAGAUCUGCCAAGAAAAUAUAAAGGAAGGCCAGGGUUGUUGCAUCCUGCUUUAACUGAUGAUGCUGAGUUCUCUGGGAAAUGUCUUGUUUAAAAGGAUGAGUUAUCCUGUGAAGUGAGGCUUUGGUGUGGAAGUUUUCACCAGCCUGAGCUGGAAACCCCCUGUAGAGGCACUGCCAUCCUGUAGGGACCUGAAUUUUUGGCACAGCUUCUGUGGGUACCCAAGAGAGCAGAAGGGUGCCCAGGUCUAGGAGAGCACUCACAUCUCCCACAGGAAAAAGGAGACUGGAAGGUGGAUUUUGAGGGCCCUCCACCAUUUUCAGUGUCUUCCAAAGAGCUUCCCAGCUCCUAAGAUGUUGCUCUGGAGCUCACCAGCUCUAGUUGUGAGCAGACACGACUCUUUGCUCUGAAAAUGAGUGGUUGUAAACACAGUGUGAGCCACUUCUUGUGCUUCUUAACACUCUGGGUGUUGAGGCACACAGACAGCAGGCCUUGGUCACCAGGGGAAUCCAUUCUGCUUCCCAACCUGACAUUCUGGAAUCUAAAUCUGAUUCUGAUGAAUCCCUAAAAGUUCCAGACACUGAGAGAGGCAGAUGAAAAAAUGGCACAUUGUGUUAUAUCUAUGCAUGCAAAAGCAGGUAGUGAGUUGUGCUUUCUCCUGUUGGCUUGGGUUUUGAAGCUUCAUGGUGUAUAAGUGAGGAAAGAAUCAGUUCCUAGCAGGGUUUGUGGGGCUCAAAUUGUUCUCCAUGAAUGCAGGACUUACAAAAUAUCCAGGCACAACAUUUAUCACAUAUUGCUAAGGAGAAGCAGAGUUAGAGGCUUUUUCAUGAGUGCUGGUCGUGAGCAUGCUGUAAAGGACUGGAUGUGAAACACACUCACAGCAUAGUAAUUAAUAAUUCUUUCUGAAAGAGAAGUGAAUGGGUUUUAAAAUUAAAAUUUUAAAAAAAGAAAAAUUGAAGAAAGGUAAAAUAAAGCACUUAAGCUGUAAAGAACACUUCCCCUGAUCUGCCCCAAUCUAUCACGAAAUGCAGCAUGCUGGAUGGAAAAGCUGUGUUUUGUGUCGCUUAGUUCAUUCAGAAUCUUUCUUUUCUUCGUGUUGAGAUUGCUCUAAAUCAGACACUGUUAGUGCAUUUAAGCCACCAAAAUCCAGUGGCAGACACUGUCUGUGUGGGGACAGCUUUUUGAGACAUUUCUCCUCAGCUCCAUUCUGUGCUGGAGCGUGGGGGUAAGGGGCUGGGCUGGGGGCUGACCUCUGGGAAAUGCUUCAGGGGACACAGACCCAGUUCUGAGAGUUUUAAACACUUGAAAACUUUGCACCCACCACCCUCAAUUUGCUCCUGCCAUGUGUCCUGUCGUGUUCCUUGCCCACUGUUCAGGCAUGCUCAGCAUCAAAGAUUCAGUCUCACCGAGGGGAAAAAAAAAUAAAGCAGCUCGGUUUUGCUUUUCUUUGCUGUUAGGAGUUGAGAGUUUUUAAAAACCUGUUUGGUUUUCUCUCCCUGUCAGAAGUUGAUUUGUACUGUAAGUGGCCUCUGUUGCAAGCAUCCUGUACUCCCUGUCCCCCUGUACAUAUGUAAACAUAGCAGUGUACAAUUCUUCAGUGUGGAGUAGAGAAAUAGAGGUCGUGUGGCCAUCUGCCUGUACAGGUUAUGGACAUCAAGCAAAAUGCAAACUGCUCACAAAAAGACAUGCCAUAUUACUGGGUUUGUACCUUUCAAUAUAGUUUCCAUUUUAUUUAUUUCUGUUAACAUAAUCUAGUUUUUUGUGCUGUAACUUAGCAUCCAAUAAGCAAUGUAUAGAUGUGAUUUGAUUGGCAAUAUGUAUUUACUUUAACUUGUAUUUCAAAAGCAUUACUUACUCAUUUAGAUUAUAUAUUGUGCAAUUGUAGAUGGCCUCUUACUAAUGUAAAAUGAUUUGUAGUGGAAACAUUUAUAUUUUUAUAAUAAACAUAAUGAAAGUAUUUUUUACAUACUGAAAUACUGAGGUGAUUGCUUGGAGGACAAAGUAAAUUUAUUUGAUUAGUGUGAUAAAAUUGUAAUUAAAUAUGGAUACAUUCUGAGUGUUAAAGCAUGGGUCUGGAGUGAAAGCUAGAUAUUACCUAUAUUAUCUAUUAAAAGAAGCAAGCAGUGCAGGUUUUAACUAAACAGACCAGCAUUUGUGCAAAACUGACUUACAUCAAUCAAAGACUUUACUUUCUCCAUGGAUACUGGAAAACAUCAUCUUCUACAGCCUGCCUAUGGGGUAUUGAAAAAAGCUGUCAUUUAUUUUAGUUGUGUCAAGUAUUUCCAAACUUUUGCUUUUUUUCCUCCCUCGCCAGUGGACCUCUUUUCAUCUUAUUAAUAUGUUGAAUCCAGUCAAAGAUGUACUUUUCAACAAAAUAAAAUAGCCCACCACGUACUGUAUUUUCACCCCACGAUCAUUUCUUGCCUCUGAGUGUUUGUGUUAGACAAUAUUUUGCCCCUGUUUUGUUAUGUCCCUGCCAGGUUGUUUCUGUGUGCUUCACCCAACUACAGGGUCUUUGAAAAUGCCAACAUACACAACUCAGGAAUCCUCUUCCUUGAAAAAUAGGAAUGGUUUUGAUGCUUGCCAGUUUCUGGAAUUUUGCAGGUUCUUUCUGUACCAUAACUGAUUUUGCAUGCUUUUGUAUACUACUCUGCUUACUGGUGCAAAACAAUGAAUGAUAAACCUGUCCUGGAGUCUGUAAGUUGAUAAACUUUAUGAAUGUG